AUUUAAAAUGACAGUAAAAUGGCGUAACAAUUCUCUGUACUCCAUUAUAAACUAUGAAAAGUACUCAGUAGGUGCAUUAGCAGUUAUGAAUAGUUCAAUGUCUAAUUUUAUAAGACUUAGUUUAUAUGACGACAUUGAAAAUUAUCUACCUAUGCCAUAUCGCCUUGAUGAACGAACUAAUUUCAGUGAAAGAUAUCCAAAACAACGUGAUGGAAUCGUUACAAAAGGAUAUUCUGAGAGCUUAAAACAAAUAAUCAGUACUCCGAGAGAAAUGAGAAGAUACGUUCGACCGCCGUCAAUCAACAGGAAUGAAACACAUUCACGAUCAAUUGUUCGCAAAACAAAACCGGUGAAACAAACAAUACAUGAGGAAGGGAAUGAAACAUAUCUUAUGAUGCAUAAAUCAUGUAGACACUUGGAAAUCGUGAAAUCAUCCAAUGAAACAACACAAAAUCCUUUUUCACUCCGACAAGUUAAAUCAGUGAGUACAGAUACAUUAGACAUGAAUAUGGAAGAAUAUUUAAAAAUGAAAGAUUUAAAGAAGGAGAAUAUUAUUUUAGAGCAACAGAAAGAAAUUGCUCAAGUACAAACACUGGUAUUUUAUCUAAGUGAACAGUUGAUGCUCAAUAAGUUUAAUGAAAACAUCACUUCAACGGAAGGUGAAUCUUCACCAGACGACCUAUUUCAUCAUCAUUAUAACUAUAACAACCAACCUCAACGACGAAGACAAGGAAAAUUUUCAGUUCAACAACGAACUAAGUCAGAUGAUACUGAAAAUCAGAAAGAUACUCAGUCACAGAUUAAUAAUAACCUUAAAUUAUUCACUGACAAAUAUACAGAAACUAGUGAAUCACUCUCAAUAAAUACAAUAGCAUCAGUGCUAAAUUCACAAGAUAAAUAUGGUCCAAGAAAUCUUGAAGCAACUUUAGUUACACUGGAUAAUACAUGGUUAAUAUCAUGGGAUAAACCAGAGUUAAUAAGUUCUGAGGAGACAAUACUUCCUACUAUUACUGGAUAUGUUUUGUCAAUUAAUGGGAUUGAAAUAAAGCGUAUAUCAAGUGUAAAUGUUACCAAAUCAAUUAUUCAUCUGCCAGAAUCGGUCAAAUAUCCAGUGAUAUUAAAAAUUCAAUCGACAGAUGAUAAUAACUGUUUAUCUGCACCGGCCUUAAUAACAUUGAAUGUUUAGCGUUUUGCUUAAUUUUUAAAAAUAGUUGAUUUAAUUGUUCGAAUUUGUUUGGUAAUGACUUAUCAGAGUGUUGUAUGUAUUUCCAUCAAACGUCAACGUGAAUGAAAAAAAUUAUAAAUUUGAAAUUAAUUGGGUAUGAGAAUCACUUUAAGUGUGAGGGUUAAUAAAACUCUUCGUCUGGUCAAACACAAGUAUGGAGAGAAGAAAUCGAAGAUGAGACAAAGUGUUUGGAAGUCCAAUGCUUUGAACACUAAGGCAUUAUUCCAACAACAAAAUAAAUGAAUUAGAUGGUAAAUAAUGACUUCUUACUAAAAGCGAAGUAAUGCAAACCGUUAACUAAACGAGUAAUAAGAUGUAAGACAAGCGACUUUCAAAAUAUUUAAUGAAAAUAAAUAGAUAUUGCUGCAAACAAUUUUAAAUAUACUUGUUGAUCAGUACAAACAGUGUAAACAUGUGACGUCUGAGGAGAUUGUUCUAUUUGUAGUUUAUACAGUGUCUCAAUUUCAGAUAAAUAAAUAUAAAGUGCUAUGAAGUAAUGAACAGAUGUUUCAACUCAGUAUAAGGGACUUAAUUAAUGCUCAUACACGACAACGCUAAACACUGAACAAAGUGCCUUCACUUGCGAUUCAGAACACUAAGUUGACAUCCAGUGAUUUACGUUAACACUUUCACCUGGUUUAUAAUAUUGGAUGAUAUUUGUCUCAUGGAUGACAAAGCUGAACUCCACUAGUCGGAGCUUCCUCUAAGAAUUCCUAGAGUUUCUAUUUGAAGUUAACUACAGUCAUAGAAUAGCUCAAAUUCCUAAUAACUGCAACCUUUUGCUAAAAUAAUCAUGAUCUAUUAUAUCAGUUGUCUCCGAUACGUCUAGACUGCACCCUGAGUCCUAUGAAGAAUGAACAGAUUAGGAUGAAAAAUAGCUAAUAUUUGGCUUCUGUACUAAGCUCGGUAUUCUUAAUUUACUGUAAGCUAAAAAAACAUUGCUUGGUUUUCACUGGAAAACUGAAAAAUGACGGAUGAUAUUUUUGAAGUUUUCUUUCACCAUCAUUGAUUUAAUUUGAAUAGAAACUAUGGUUAGUUGACAGCAAAUGAUUUUACUGGAUGAAUUCAGGCUCCAGUCGGUGAGAAAUUUAUAGUAUUAAAUAAAUUAUAUAUUUGUAAUA